AGUGGAAAGACGGAGGUCCGUGACUCUGGGGUCUGGGAAGCAGGAAAACGAGGGGCGGCACCGUGUUCCUUUGAAAGGGAGAACACAUUUCCCCACUGUCUAUCCAAUCUAGAUUCCUCUUCCCCUCUUAUCAGGGAUGCGGAAAGCGUAUCCCAGGACCGCGCUACGGCCCCGCCUCUUCUUGAGGACGGGCACGUGAUGCCGGAAGUGGGUGGGGGUAAUAUGGUGGCGUUUCCGGCAGGCCCCGGCUGCUGAAAGCCGGCGCGGGGGAGUUGGUCCGGGUCCGGGUUCCUGUCCCGGUCCCGCCGAGGCGGCGACUGCGAUAGGAGGAAGGACGUGUUGGACGCGCUGGCCCACCGCCACUAUACAUUGCAGCCUUAUCUCAACUCAAAAUGAACUAUAUGCCCGGCACCGCCAGCCUCAUCGAGGACAUCGACAAAAAGCACUUGGUCCUGCUUCGAGAUGGAAGGACGCUUAUAGGCUUUUUAAGAAGCAUUGAUCAAUUUGCUAACUUAGUGCUACAUCAGACUGUGGAGCGUAUUCAUGUGGGCAAAAAAUACGGUGAUAUUCCUCGAGGGAUUUUUGUGGUCAGAGGAGAAAAUGUGGUCCUACUAGGAGAAAUAGACUUAGAAAAGGAGAGUGACACACCCCUCCAGCAAGUGUCUAUUGAGGAAAUCCUAGAAGAGCAGAGGGCGGAGCAGCAGACCAAGCUGGAGGCCGAGAAGCUGAAAGUCCAGGCCCUGCAGGACCGAGGCCUGUCCAUCCCUCGGGCAGAUACUCUCGAUGAGUACUAAGUCUUCUGCUCAGAGGCUGCAGCUCUUGGGGAGCAGGGGCUGUCACCAAACCAAGUGACACAUUUGACGAGAGACUGCAGAGCUUUGAAAAGUCAUUUUUAUUUGGAAUUCUUCCACAUAUGCAACAUGAAGAAAUCAUGCGUUUUGUUUCGUUUUUCUUAAUAACAAAAUCAUCGUUUAAAGAAACAGUGGCAUGGACUCCUUUCACACGUCACUGUGGAGCCAGCAACUACUUCUUUAUAUUGCUCUUCUCACCCCAAAUUAGUGGUUACAGGGAAUAUUCUUCAUUUGCUUGUAAAU